AUGGAAGAAAUAGGGCACCUCUACCACUGUUUAUACACACGUGACAUCACCCAAAAGGUUAAAAGGAAAUUUGAUGGGUAUGUCAUCUUUCGUCCGAAGUAUCGACGGUUUGAGGUCUACGAAGACAGUGAUGGGAAGUUAGGCAAACAAGUUUGUUGUGAGACGGUCCAAGAGACUGAACUUCAUUGUGAUGAUGUAGUCAAUCUCCCUUCCUUCAUCGUUGAGAUCUUCGAUGAAGUAACUCCGUCACUUAAUGACCAGCACAGUCUUAACGUAGAACCACCUCCGCCCACUUUAUAUACUAAAUCGGACAAAGACGAGAAACUCCGAGACGAGACGAAGCCACGAAAAGUCCUUUCAAGGAAGAAGACGUUGGCCAAGACCAAAAGUUUGAAUUUUGCAGUUACUGCUGAUGACAAGAAGAUGACCAAAUUAGUUCGGAAACGAUCUGUCCAAGAGAUCCUCAAUCUGUUUGAGAAAUGA